AUUUCAUCGCGUGUAUUACAGAAUAAUCAGAUUGUCCGUGUUACAUUUUUGGUAGCCGUUGCAAUAAACGCACAAGGAACCUUAUUAACACCAAAGGCACCUAAUUUCCAAUAUUUUGAAAGACCAAAAUAUCGUUAUCCGUAUUAUGAUGAAAAUGGGCGAGGUAGACUGUUGUAUGGAUAUGGAGGAUCAAAAUUAUAUCAAUACAAAUCUUUCUCCCAACUUGAAGGAAUCCAUUAAUUAUUAUGAAUAAAAUUUUAA